CGACUCAAAAUCAAGGCGUAGAACUUCAGUACUUUGGUCCAAAUUUCCAUACCCUGACAGAGUGUUGAGAACUUUGAUCAGAAUUUCAGCGGGGAGAUGUAAGCGUCAAUACUGUGAUCUAAAUGUCAAAACUUUGGUUCGAAUCUCAAAACUUUGAUC